AUGCCAUCCGUCAUCAAAGUCGGCGCCGCUCAAGCGCGCACUCUAAACACCCUCACCGAAACUCUAACCGACCUCGAGGAAAUCACCAAGAAAGCAGCAGCGCAAAACAUCGAUGUCCUGCUCUUCCCCGAAGCUUACUUAGGCGGCUAUCCGCGAGGCUGUGACUUCGGCGCCGUGAUCGGCUCACGUUCCGACGCCGGCCGUGAGCAGUUCCUCCAGUACUUCCGCGCAGCGGUUGAUUUGGGGGAUACCCCUGAGGGAGCUGGCGACGCUUGGGUUGAGAAAUCUUUGCCUGCGCCGAAGAAUGGGGGCGUGAGAGGUGAUGGGACGAGAGAGGAGCUGGAGAGGAUUUCGAAGCAGACGGGCGUUUUCCUCGUUGUGGGACUAAUUGAGAGGUGUGGGGGAACCUUGUACUGUGGUGCUAUAUACGUGGAUCCUGUGCAUGGCGCUUUGGGGAAGAGGAGGAAGUUGAUGCCGACGGGCAGCGAGAGACUUGUUUGGGGCCAGGGAGCGGCUUCCUCGCUGAGAGCUGUUACCACGGAGAUUCGCGGUACUAAGAUUAUCAUGGCUGCUGCUAUUUGCUGGGAGAACUACAUGCCGCUCCUCAGACAAAGUCUGUACAACCAGAACGUCAAUCUGUUUUUGGCGCCAACGGCCGAUGCCCGUGACACAUGGUUGAGCGCUAUGCGCAUGAUUGCUUGCGAGGGUAGGUGUGUAGUUGUCUCAGCCAACCAGUGCCAGCGAAAGAGCCAUUUGCCCGCAUGGGUCAAGGGCGACGUCUCCAAGGGCGACGACUUCGUCUCUCGUGGCGGAUCCUGCAUUGUUAAUUCCAACGGCACUGUUCUUGUUGAGCCGUUGUGGGAGGUUGAGGAUG